UGCUUUGGCGACUCUUCGCGGUUCUGAUAUUAGGCGGUUUCAUCGCCAUUUAUUCUUGCGAGCCCAUGAACAGAAAACAUCUAUUGAAAACUUCGGGUACAAUUGAGUGUGCUAGCAAUGGAGAGGAUAUCACUAAGUGUAAAACCUAUGAGUCGGCCGAUACUUCAUCGCAAAAUAGAGAGAAUCAAACGCAAUCUAACAGGCAAGCCCGACAAAGACUUCUAGAUGAUAUUAACGUGGGUGAAGUUUCUGCUCGAAAAAAAGAUAAAAAAGGAAAAGACAGAGUAGUUUUUUACAUGUUAGCUGCUUUGAAAGCAGCAUUGCUGUAUGGACUAUUACAUGGCGUUGCAGCUCUCGCAGGAAAAGCAAUAUUGCUUGCCAAAGUAGCUAUAGCGAUUGCCAUUGCCGCAAUUGUAAAAAAGAAUGACCCUGAAAAAGUUUCUUAUGAAAUAGUGAAACAUCCACAUACCAGCUACAUACAAACUCACAGCUCAAGCGUCGAUUACGAUCAUCGUAGUGAUUACGGUGAUGACCGUAAUGAUUAUCUUUACGAACAUCGAAAGCGACGGCAGCUUAUAUUUUAAUAUAAAUGAAUUU